AUGGCAUGCUUGUCAGUGCUGCUGCCUGUGUUCAACGCGCAGCCAUGGCUGCCGCUGGCGGUCAGGAGCAUCAUGCAGCAGCAACUGGGAGACGGUCGCAGCCUCCAGCUCAUCUGCGUCGACGACGCUUCCUCGGACGGCAGCCUCGAGUUCCUGCUCGAGCUCGCUCGACUGCUCGGGGAUCGAGCGACGAAGAGGAUUCGGAUAGGAACCAACGGAGAUCGAGAGAGCACGAACCCGGCGCUUCUCAACAUGCAGUUGCGAGCAGCAGAGGAGGAAGAUCACCCGUCCUUCACUCACCAGGAAGAGCCCGAGGAUGUGAAGCAGCUCAGGACUCGCCCGGUCACUGCGGAGGAGGUAGCAGCCUCGAGCCUGAAAGAACACUCGCUCAAGGUCCUCACAUGGAAGGAUGGCGUGAAUAGAGGACAGGGAGCCGCCAUGUCCAUUGCCUUAUCGAAGGUCAACACCAAGUAUCUCGCGCAGAUGGAAAGCGACGACGAGCGAUCCAAUCCCGAUGCCUAUCGGAUCAUGCUGGAGGCGAUGGAGGCGAACGCGAGCUGGGAUGGUGUAAGCUGCCAGUCGAUGCUGACUGGAUGGGAGCGACCCGGAAUGCAGAGGUACAUCGAGUGGCAGAACACGUGCUUGACAACGGAGGAGAUGCGAAGGGGAAGGUUCAUUGAGAUGCCGGCUCUGCAUCAGACUGGCUUGUUUCUCACCUCCUCCAACGUCGAGGUCUGGAGUGUGGGAAGGACGUUGGAUGAGUGGGAGGCAGACCUGAAGCAGUACCCGCUCGCUCCUCCGAAGGUCAGGAGCAUCGAGUGGAAACCCGGACGUCCCUUGCCUGGAAAGGAGGAGGGGGAGGAGGCGCGACCUGUUCGUCUAUUCGCUUUCGGCCAUCCUAAAGCAAGAACUCGCGUACGCGAGCAGGUGAAGGACUGGGAUGACGAGUACGACUGGUUCGUCGCCUGA